AUGGCCGGCGCCGGCGGAUGGGUCCAUCCUUACGGGAGCCGGCGGCCGGUCGUGGUGGUUGUCGGUGGCGGCGUCGCCGGCGCCCUCGUCGCCAACUCCCUACAGGACCACGCUGAUGUCAUCCUGAUCGACCCGAAGGAGUACCUUGAAAUUCCAUGGACUAACAUGAUAUCCAAGGUGGAGCCAUCUGUUGCUGAGAAGUCAUUAAUUAACCACAAUGAUUACUUAGGGGGCACUCAAGUCAUUACAGCAUCUUCUGCUGAUGUAAGGGGAGAGGCUGUGAUCACAACAGAGGGUCGUUUGGUGGAGUACACAUACCUUGUUAUUGCCACAGGUCACACAAAUCAGUGUCCGCGAAACAGGAGAGACAGACUAGAACAGUUUCAAGAAGAUAAUAUGAAGAUAAAAUAUUCAGGGUCGAUUCUUAUAAUUGGGGGUGAGUCGUCAGGCGUUGAGCUUGCUACUGAAAUAGCCAUGAAUUAUCCAGACAAGAAGGUGACGUUGGUUCAUGACAGACCAAGAUUGUUAGAAUCUAUUGGUCACAAAGCUGGUGGCAAGGCACUGCGUUGGCUGAGAUCAAAGAAUGUUGAAGUUCAUUUGGAGCAAUCAGUCGAUCUGGAGUCCAUGUCGGAGGGAGACAGGCUCUUCAGAACUUCCUCAGGGAUAGAGAUAACAGCUGAUUGCUACUUCUCGUGCCUCGACGGACCACUGGGUUCAUCAUGGAUUAGGGAUUCCGAGCUGAAAGAUUGCUUGGACAGUGAUGGAAGAUUGAUGGUUGAUGCAAAUCUCAGAGUGAAAGGCCAAAGUAAUAUUUUUGCUGCUGGUGAUAUCACGGACGCCCCCGAGCUCAAUCAAGGAUACUUCGUGCAGAGGCAUGCCAUGGUAGUCUCCAAAAACAUUAAGCUCUUGAUUGAAGGAGCCAAAGACAGUAAGCUAUUGAAAUACAAGCCUUCAUCUACAACGCCGAUGGUGUCACUGGGUAAGACGGAUGCCGUGGUGCAGUUAUCCUUUGCCAUGGUCGUAGGGUACCUUCCUGCGAUGUGGAAAUCCCGGGACUUGUACGUGAACAGAACAAGGACUCUUCUGGGGCUUGCACGGUGAAAGGUAACUUUAUCCUCACGCUUCAGAUGAUCUGGUGAAUUUUUGUGCAAUAGGUGACAAUUUUGGCUGAAGGGAUUUACGCUGCUAAUUUGACCUUUUGGUUGUACACACGCCCCGUGUUGAUCUUUCUUUUCAAUGUAACAGUGUGGUUUUUAUUGGGUUGUAAAUUUGUAAUGGCAAACGCCUUAAAUCACGUAUAGCUUGAUUCACUUAAUUCAAAGGGGUUUUUAU